AUGUUAAGUGGCUUGACGUUCAUCGAUGGUUAUGGCUACCACCCGGACGACGCCGCGGAACUAUUCAUCAAGGUAUCUCUUGGUGAUCCAAAAGUGUAUAAAAAAUUUGCCGAGAUCGUGCCAUAUAAAGUGUACAUGGCGCAGGUGGACCAUGUGUGCCAAUUUAAGAUCGACGUGGGGCUGGCCCAUCCCAACAAACUCCUCGUCUUGGGGCCUGACUUCGAGUACGACGAACGGACUUCACGCUUUGUAACGUCGGUGCACAACCUCAGGACAGUGGACAAUGUCGAUAAGGAGACUCCCGUGUUGAAAGCCAUGAGCAUCGACAUCAAGUGCAUCUCUCACUCCGGUAGCUUUUCCAAGGCCGAAAAAAAGGACUACAAUAUUAUCCAGAUCGCUUCAGUGGUCACUACGGAUGUGUUGCGAGCCACUCAUGAUCGGGACGACUUUCGGAAGUACGCCUUCGUUGUCGGCUCCUGUGACUCCGUGGAUAAUACCGAAGUGAGGCAUUACGACAGCGAGUCUAACAUGCUCAAGGGGUUUAUGAGUCACGUUGUGUCGAUGGACCCGGACGUCAUCACGGGUUACCAAGGGUGCAGUUUUCAUUGGCCCUACAUUCUGGAAAGGUUCAAACUUUUGAAGUUGAAGCCCUCGUUUUCACGACGCCGUUACGGCGGGGAAUGGUCCCUCGAAGUUUACGACAAUAAGAAGGUCGUUUCAUCGUACGAUCGGAUUCUGGUUGACAUGCACGAUGUAAUCACGGCCGAACAGAAACUCAGGUCGUACAGCUUGGACUGCGUCGUCAGAGAGUUUAUACCAGGUGAGGUGCAGUUGGAAGAUGUCACGUAUGAGCAGGUGAAAGAGUUUCACGAGGGCACUUCUACCACGAGAUCCAGGAUCGCCGGAUGCUGCGUGAAGCGCGCUCUCAUGCCACUGAAGCUCAUGAUCAAGUUCAACACCAUGAUGUCCAUACUCGAAAUAUCCAACAUAACGGGCGUACCGAUGCGUUACGUAUACAGCAGGGGGGACGAGUUCGUGCCCGAGAGUGUCAGGAAGGGAAUCUUGCCGACGAUUUUGGUCGACCUUCUGAGUGCGAGAAAGCAAGUGAAGGAGGAGACGGCCGAAUUCAAGCACGACCCGUUCACGCUGUCGCUCCUUAACGAGCGCCAAUUGGCCAUCAAGAAGUGUGCGAAUUCAGUGUACGGCUUCACGGGUGCCGUGCGCUAUGGAAUCCUGCCCUGCAUUGAAAUUGCCCGAUCUGUGACGGCCUACGGCAGAACUCUGAUGGACAAGACGGUUUACUACGUAGAAAAGGAAUACACCAAGCACGAAGUUAUUUACGGAGACACAGACUCGGUGAUGAUCAUCUACCGACGCAAGACGGUGGCCAAAGCCAUGGAGAUGGGCAAAGAACUGGCCGAGACAAUAUCGCGGAAAUUUCCUCACCCCAUACGGCUAGAGUUUGAGAAAGUCUUCAAGCCAUACCUGCUUCUCGGCAAGAAGAAGUACGCGGGCGCCGUGUACUCUUCCAACCCCAACACGCACGACAAGGUCGAAGUCAAAGGCAUCGAGAUGAUACGUAGAGACUGUUUGCCCUACCUGGCACGCGUCAUGGAAGCUUGCAUCCACGAAAUGAUCGUGAAAGAGAACAUACCGGCUGCUCAGGAAAUAGCCCAAAGGGCAAAGGAUGAUCUGCUCUCGGGUAACGUGGACAUUGCAGAACUGACCUUGAGCAAGAAGUACAACAAUAAGAAGUAUAAGAGGGCCCCGACACAUUGA